AUCUAUUCAUAUUAAAGAAAUUAAGAAUAAACACGGAGCGUGAACAUCCGGCGUUUCCUCGGAGUUUUCAAUGUGUCUAUCGAGAUCCACUGACAUGGACGCUGCGGAAUUUCGAGUCAAAGCUAAAGAAGUUGUAGAUUUCAUCGCGGACUACAUGGAGACUAUAGGAAAUAGACGAGUCUCCCCCAGGGUCAGACCCGGCUACUUGACAGGAACCUUUCCAAAAUUCGCUCCGACGGAGCCCGAAUCUUUUGAUGAUCUGAUGAAAGAUUUCCAUGGUAAAAUUUUGCCGGGGAUUCUGCAUCACCAACACCCCCACUUUAAUGCCUACUUCCCGGUUGGUCAUUCAUUUGCUUCAAUUCUGGGCGCCAUGUUGUCUGAUGGAAUCGGCAGCAUCUCGACAUCCUGGGCAAUAAGUCCCGCCUGUACAGAGCUGGAGAUGAUCGUUACUGAUUGGAUAGGUAAGACAUUGUUCAGUAAACUGAUCUCUUUACCGAUCCAAUUUUUACAUGAAGGGGGGAUAGGAGGUGGGUCCAUUCAGGGCUCCGGAAGUGAGUGUGUUUUCUUGGCACUCUCAGCAGCAAAACGAAAAGGACUUCAAAGUGUCCCAGCAGGCCAAAAUCCCCGGCUUGUCGCAUAUACUUCUUGUUUGGCUAACAUCUGUGUACAAAAGGCCAGUUUAUUGGCGUCUGUUACUCUACGUCAAAUUCCUGUGGACAAGAACCUCUCUUUAUCUGUGGCAGCCUUGAAGAAAAGCAUCACGGCAGACAGAGCAAGUGGAUUCACGCCUUUCUUUGUCUGUGCCACAGUGGGCACCACCUCUUGUUGUUCCUUUGACAAUGUAUCUGCGUUGGCGGAGGUGUGCGACAAGGAGAGUCUUUGGCUGCACGUCGAUGCUGCCUAUGCCGGUUGCGCACUGAUCUGCCCGGAAUACCAGUACCUCAUUGACGGGAAAGAGAGAUUUACCUCCUUUUCGUUUAACCCACACAAAUGGCUGCUUACAACCGUGGAAUGCGCUCUGCUUUGGGUGAAUGACAAGAAAUCCCUAACGGACUGCUUGACCGUGAAUGCUACAUAUUUACAGCACAGACACCAAGAUGUAACGACUGAUUUUCGAAACUGGGGCAUUGGUAUUACUCGUCCAUUCAGAGCUCUGAAGGUGUGGUUUGUGUUGCGUUUGUAUGGGACAAAGGGAUUACAAGAAUUUAUUCGAAAGCACAUCAAACUUGCCAAGAGGAUGAAAGACUACAUUGAGGCCAGCCCUAUUUUCGAAAUAGUUGGACAAUCAAACUUAGGAUUAGUCGCGUUUCAUGUUAUGGGACCAAAUCGACUGACGACACAGCUCCUGCAGAAAGUGAAUGAUUCCGGUACUCUGCACGUGACAGAGGCGUCAGUGAAUAGCCGCUCCGUUAUCCGAUAUGUUGUCUGCGCCGAGAAUGCCGCAGAAGGUGACGUAGACUUCGCCUGGAACGUCAUUUCGUCUGCUUCUGACGAGAUAUUUUCUAGUAGGGGAUGACGAAUAUAAAUCUUUAUUGCUGUUCAAGGUCAAUCUGGUAGUGUUUAACGGCAUAUUGUGAUGUCGAUGAUGGAAUUCCUGGUAUCUGUUGUAGUCUUUUGCUGUUUAUUUUACUCCUAUAUUGGGAGUACAAAGAAGACAGUCGUGGACAGAACCACCAAAAAUAUUCACGCAGAAUUAACCAUCUUCAUUAUAAAUUGCUUUAUUCUAUGUGUUAAAAAAGUCGUUUUGGGCGAGACCCUUUGAAGUUGUUUUAUUUUUUUGUUAGAUUUCACAGGGUGUGAAAUCUAGAAU